CCCUGUGGUAUAGGUGUAUCUCGUCCUUGCGUGAGGGGACACGGCUCUCUGACAUGCAAUUUUCUCUGCGACCAGGCCCCUGAGAGAGGCAAUGAGAGACACAUUGGGAGGGGAGGGGUGUGGAGAUUGCAUAAUACUCACCAUGGCUUAAGAGACUUUGUGGCUAAGGGUAAUCUUGAACCUGCAACAGAGAUGGCCACUAAAGGAGAUUAUUAUGAGGAAACCAUUAGAGACUCUGGACCCUGUGAGGAAUCUGGAGUGUGUUGUUCCUGUCAGGUUUAAGUUGAUUGGGUGUGUAACCAUGUCUGGCGCUCCAUAGAUUUGAGACCAUUGGACCCCUGACCUGCCCAUCAACCAUGGUUCCCAAGUUCCCCGGCCCCAAACUGGGGUCAGAUUCCACCCCUCUGGAGCAGAACGUCAAGCGCCAUCGAGUGCAGCAUGUCAGGAGGAAACUGCGUCCUUCCCGGAUUUUUGGUUUUAUCCUGAGCAUCUCUGCCCUCUCACUCUUCCUGUCCUGGAGUGCCUUCGCUUUUACAUUGGGCCCAUUCUCAAGAUGGAUGCCACUCACCUCACUCACCAACCAUGAGGGACUAGCAGAGCCAGUGCCACAUAGAACUGUCCUUUCUACUGAGGAAGAACACAAUGUUUCAGCAGAUAUGCCCAUUGCAAUGGCGUCAUCUGGCGAACUCAAUCAAGGGGACUACCCUGUGGAUCUGUUCACACUGGAGCAGAGGAGGCAAGGGGCUGUGGUGCUUCAUAUGUUCGGAAUGAUCUACAUGUUCAUUGCCCUCGCCAUCGUAUGUGACGAGUUCUUCGUCCCCGCACUCACUGUUAUCACAGAAAAACUUGAGAUCUCGGAUGAUGUGGCUGGUGCCACCUUCAUGGCCGCAGGAGGUUCAGCUCCUGAGCUCUUCACCUCUGUGAUCGGUGUGUUCAUCUCGCACAGCAACGUGGGCAUCGGAACCAUCGUGGGUUCUGCUGUCUUCAACAUCUUGUUUGUGAUCGGGAUGUGCGCUCUGUUUUCACAUGAAAUUCUGAACCUCACCUGGUGGCCUCUAUUUAGAGACGUCACCUUUUAUAUUAUUGGACUAAUUAUGCUUAUUUUCUUCUUCCUGGAUAACAUAAUUACCUAUGGCGAGAGCAUUGGUCUGUUGCUCUGUUACGCUGUCUAUGUCACGUUUAUGAAAUACAAUGUGACUGUCGAGACUUUUAUCAAAAGCAGACUAAACAUGAACCAAGUGGACGAUAUUGAAGUUCCUCCUAAGUUAUAUCACAGCGAGGCACAGGGUGAGGACAGCAGCCAGGCAGGCAUUUCAGAUGAGCAGGUUAACAGUACUGGAGAUGACGAGAAUAAACUUUCCGCUAAACCCCGCCUCCAGAGAGGAGGAAGCUCCGCCUCCCUACACAACACUCUAAUGAGAAACAGCAUCUUCCAGCUAAUGAUCCACACACUUGACCCUCUCAGUGAAGGGAAGUUCAAGGAGAAGGCGUCAAUACUACACAGCAUUGCAAGAAAAAAGGGGGAAGAUGAGGCAAAUGGUGUUGUAAAUAAGAACCUUCCCAACAGAACUAAUGUGGAAGUGGAGGUCACUCCGCCAAUGAAUGGCAGCGCUGGACUUGAGGCUGAGGAGGAGGAUGAGGACGCAGACCAGCCUCUGAGCUUGGCAUGGCCAGAGACGGCAAGGAAGCAAGCAACAUACCUCUUAAUAUUCCCCAUCGUCUUUCCAUUGUGGCUGACACUGCCAGAUGUCCGCAGAGAUACUUCAAAGAGGUUAUUUCCCAUUACAUUUUUGGGAUCUAUAAGUUGGAUUGCUGUUUUCUCCUACCUGAUGGUGUGGUGGGCUCAUCAGGUUGGCGAAACUAUUGGAAUCACAGAGGAGAUCAUGGGUCUGACCAUUCUAGCAGCUGGUACCUCCAUUCCAGAUCUUAUCACCAGUGUUAUUGUUGCACGGAAGGGUCUGGGAGACAUGGCCGUGUCCAGCUCAGUUGGCUCCAACAUUUUUGACAUUACUGUGGGCCUGCCGUUUCCAUGGUUAAUGUUUUCAUUGUUCAACGACCUGAGUUCAGUGACAGUGAGCAGCAAUGGUCUGUUCUGCGCCAUUGUACUGCUCUUCCUCAUGCUCCUCUUUGUCAUUAUCUCCAUCGCUGUGUGCAAAUGGAGAAUGAGCAAGCUCCUGGGUUUCCUCAUGUUCUUGCUGUACUUUGUCUUCUUGGUAGUCAGUGUAAUGCUGGAGGACAAGAUCAUCAUCUGCCCAGUCUCCAUCUAAUUCCUUUAUCCUGCAUGUCCUUGUCCUUAUCUCGAUGUCACAGUCUGUUCUUUUUCACUUGAAACUCAGGGCAUCUUAACUUUAACAUGGAAGCUUGGAUGUGGCAGUGUGUUCACAUAUCCACUGAAGACUGAGUAGAUGGGUUUCUGUAGCUUGUUAUGGGAAAGUAGUGCAAUAUUCUGCAUGCACUUUCAAAGGCAGUACAUAGAGACUUGAGAUUGAAGUCUGAUGAACUGUAGAUUUAGCCAUUUGUUAAUAUGCUGCAUGCAGAGGCCGGAUUUGAACGAAGGGACAUUAAGACCAAGGAGACACUAUAUCCAAGAAGAAGACGGACAUCUAUAGAGAAUGUCUAUAGACUCAGGAGAGGACCUAUGUUGCAAAUAUGUAAUAAAAUAAAUAAAUACCAAUGAGUACAACAACAAAAUAAUGGUACUAUACUGGAUCAUGGUACUGUGCUUUAAAGCUCAUGAUAUCAAAAGCCUUGUGUUGCACAAUUACUGACGAAGAAAGCAACAAAGCUCCAUAUUUGCUUUGUCUGAACAUUGGUCCUUUCUGAUUGUUACUUGAGCAUUUUCUUUCUGAGUAUUUCAAAUAAUUUAUUGAAUAGGCUUGUAGACAUAGUCUCCAGAAGUCUAGGCCUACAAAUAAUCACUAUCCAACUCACAGAUUUGGAGCACUCAUUGUACUAUUGAAUAUAAUCGAUUAUGUUAACUAUGUUAUUUGUUAAUGCAAUAUUUUAUGUUUAUUCUCUGGGACUGAUGUUUAAUUUGAUCUGAUUUAUUUGUCAAUUUCAAUGAAUGAUUAGUAAUUGACAUACUCUGCUCUCUUUCUCUCGCACUAUUGGAGCUGCCAGUUGGUGUAAAUGUGAAUAGAUCUGUAGAGUGCACUUUGCAGAAUCUGUUAACAAUCAUUCAUACCUGCCUGUAUCUCUUAUUUCUGUCUAAUUUUGGUUGAUUGGAUGAAAUUUUAAAGUGAACGUACUCUAAGAAUGCUUGCAAAAUGAAUGCAGCACCCAACAGCUUUGCAGCUGACCAUUAUUCUUAGCUAAAAAUACAUACUAUAUGUGUCGAUCCAUUUAUAAAUUCUGUAUAAACAUAAGUGAUUGACAAAAUAAAAUGAUUUCUAAACACACACAUGAGUAUUACUUUAAAAAUCAAGUAGGUCUAUUUGUAUAUGGGUGUUUCUUCAAUGUCAGGCACUUUUAGCAAUGUGGACUUCUAGAAAGUAAGUCUCAUUAUAACUUUUUUCAAACUCUCAACAAGUGUUUUAAUUUGUCAAAUAACGAUGUGUGUGUACAUUUAUUACAGGAAAUUUAUGUCAUUUUGUUUUCUGAAAGUCAUGAAAAUUUCCACUACAGUGUAAUUUCCACCACGUCUUAAAUUCUGUAUUGUGUUUAAUAAAAUGCCAUGGUGGAAAUGACAGUGAUGGAAAUUACAUUUAAUUUUUUUUACACUUUUCACACUUUUUUACAGCUUGAUUGGAAAUGAUGCCCAGUAAAAAUACUCUACUCACAAGUAAUAUUUAAAGCAUCACUUGUCUCAUAUUUUGGUAACACUUUACAUUAAGGUUAACAUUGGUUAACAACAUUA